AUGGCUGGUGGCUCAGCCGUCUCUUCAGGCGUUAUCGAGACUUGGAAGAUAGCACUUGAAACCAUGAACAAGCUUGUUUCAGGUGAGCCUCAGGCAGUUCAGAAUGGUGCCGCCCUCUUGGGUCUAUCAGCUUGGCAUCUGUAUCCAGACAUGAGUAUACACAAGUCUGUGCCCAUCGAGAUUAAAAUGGAAGAUCCAUGCGUCACCAGAGGGGGAACAUUGUCACUGGGUGUAUCGAGACGGCUGAUUUCGUCCAAUGAAGAGGGUGGUGUACGCUGGUCUUUAUCGCUAUCUCAUUUACGCCACUAUGGACGACCGGUCGAUGUUACAAGGGGUCUAGAAGCUGAUGCAAGAUUGACAUGGUCCCAAUUCAAGCUUGUUGUCUUCGCGGCCUUGCUCGAACGAUGGAGAUUACAAGGAACGCCUGAUGAAACAAUUGCUCGGUUUUUUGCAUCCUUGCCUCAGCAUUCAGACGCUCAUCCAUAUCUGAGUAAGAGCGAUGUGAAUAUGUUCAAAUUCCUCAAGGAUGGCGCGGCUGCUUACAUUAAACGCGAUAUUGAGGCUGAGAGUUUGGACCAUAAAUUGAUACAGCUAGGCCGCAGAAGAGCUCACCAGUUUAUUCCCGGUCGUCAAACCAUCGAUGCGCAAUGGAAUCCAUUGAUCUAUUUAUUCGAUUCGACAAGAUCCUUUUCAGCUCUCAAGGACACUGAGUCGGCAAUUUCUUAUCUCCGGUACGCAGCAAGACGUCUCAGCCACAAGAACACGCCCCCGGACGCCUUUAUCAUACGGCAAAAGCUCCUAGACCCUGAAAGAAGUGAUGUUUCCUCUUGCCGGCUGCCUUCCUCACUGUGCUCAAAAUGUAUGGUGGUGACAGCGUUACCACCUGAGCUUCAGGAAGGUACUGGUAAUGCAACUCAUCACAGAUGGCUGCCUGCAGAUGCCCAGGAUAUUAACGUUCCAAGGAACGAGACUCGGACCUUUGAUGUUACCGAGAAGUUCAAAUGCUCAGAAAAUGGCCCGCAGAUCACCGCGCCCCAUGGUCCUGCCAAGUACAUUUACCGUCCCAUUUUGACUGUCUCAGAGACAACAGCUUUAUAUUCUCGCGUUCUUUCUGAAGACUCGGGUUCGGUCAACUAUAUACCUACUAUUGAAGAUUGGAAUUGGUGUUUGGAUCAUGGCCUCGUCCUCCCUGAUGUGGUUUUGAAGGCGUUGAAUCACGGUUCUACGAUUGGACAAUCUAGUAUCGAGCCGACGCUACGCACUAUUGCUGCUGUUGCCUCUGUUUACGACAAUAUUCCCAACGCAACCAUUCAUACCGGCGUUCUUAUGCGCUCCUUGAAAGACACAUCUUGGGGCAUGAACGUUGUAUCUGGCAAUUUGGAGCAUGAAGAUAUGGUCUCGAUGAUAUCGUACUUGGAGACUGGGAUUCACGAUAUUAACCCCAGGUGCUGUAAGUUAUUUCCUAUGGUCGAAAAAAAUUCGCUAAGGUUCCAGUUGAUCCAAAAUCCAUACGAGACUCUACUGCCUGAACAAACUCCUCACUUCCAGAGAAUUCUUGGAAACAUUGGCAAACCAGGACUCAACUUUCUCCUACCUACACAGCGACCUAUAAUGCGAGAGAUUGAUGCCGGAAGUUGGAGAAUUGACUCCUAUGGUAAUUUUGACGGUACUACCUCUCAUUCAUUCGAAAACACGUCUAUGCAUCUGUCAUUUACCGAUUACCGUAUCCCUCACUUCGAUGGACUGCGAGGAGCAUAUGACAGUCAGAUAUAUUUCCUCGAGUCUGUAAUAUCCGUUCAAGAUAACGGCGAAUGGGUUGCUGAUGUAGACCCCUCGCCUCUGAUUAAGUGUGAGAGAUACGAGGAAGUUUCAACAGAUGAUGACAAUGUAACAGAACAUAUAUUCGAUGAGGGAGAUUCCACAGAUACCGAUGGUGGCGAUGAAAAAGAAGAAGGUGAUGAUGACGAUGAUGAUGAAGACAAUGAGGAACCAUUUGAACCAGUGCAUAGGCUCCAGCAUCAGGGCCCAUGUCAACACAAAAUGAACUCAACCCCGGGCCAAAAUAUUACGGCAAUGGACACUUGGAACGAGUUAUUUGAUGUUCCAAAAGGCAUGUUCGUCGUUCGGACGGGCGGUAACUGGGUGCCAAAGCUAGCAGCGACCCUAGUGGCAUACCAGUCUAUGGCUCAGGUCUCAUCUACGUUUGCUGUAACAGUAUGCCCGCCUCAAGUUUGUUGGGUUUGCGUCCAAAAGAAAGCCCAUCACCAAGCCUUUAUAUUUUGA